AUCUGAUUGUCUGUCACUUGAUAAGACGGUAGAAGUAAUUUUCUCUAGCGCAGAAGAAGGAACUAAUCCAUGAUUAGUCCACGAGUGAAUUUAGUGUUGUGUUUAUGAAGCUUCGUUCAGUCGCAAUGUCGAAACUAAUAUUCAUGUGUUUGUUUAUAUGUUUUCAAUCAGUAGUGAGUGAAAUUUGUUCGAACUCCAGCGAAAUUCAGUGUUUCUGCAACCAAGUGACAGAUUGGGAAACGGGUCUGCCCCAAGUCAGAGCCGACUGUUCUGUAAUGAAUAUUGAAAGCAUCCCUGACCGAAUCGAGAGCGAUCUCAACUUUCUGGAUCUCACCGGAAAUAACAUCCGAGUUUUGGACCCGAAACUCCAGAAACUUUCCAGUUCAAACUUGAACGUAUUGAUUCUGAAACUGAAUCAAAUCAGCAAGGUAGACAGCGAGUUUUUCCUAGCACUCCCAAAUCUUUCCGAACUAGACCUGAGCGAUAAUUACAUCACCUCACUCGAUCACCAGAUCUUUCAGAAUCAAAACAACCUUCACAGAUUGGAUCUGAGUUACAACAGAAUCGAAACACUGCCAGAUAAGAUAUUUCAGUCGAUGGGUAAAUUGAGAGAUCUCGAUUUGAGUUACAACCACCUUGGAAAUACUCUCAGAAGGGCAGGAACUUUCACAGGCCGUUUAGGGGUGACACCUAACCUCACUCAUCUAGGUUUGAAUGGUUUGAAUAUCACAGUGCUACCAAGCGACGCCUUCGAUGGAUUCAAGAAGCUGGUUUCCUUGCAUUUAGCCGACAAUAACUUUACGGAUAUACCAAAUGUUCCGUAUUCUCUUGAGAAACUUGAUUUGUCUCUCAACAGAUUCACUUACCUCUCCGCGAAAUACCUAAACUAUCCUUCCCUCAAAACACUUGAGCUCAACGGACUGCCGUUCCUGAGGAGCAUUCACCAUUACGCCUUUUACAACCUUUACGCUCUGGAAAAGUUGACUAUAAGGUAUUGCCCCAAUCUGGAGGAAUUCAGUGAGCUUGCCUUUGAUGUGGUUUCCAAGGAUACCAGCCACAAACAUUUCAAAUUCCUUUCUCUUGAGGGUAACGGGCUCAGAACGCUCAACGCGUCUUACAAAGCUUUCUUCCGACAAAUGAAUCAUGUUGACUUGAGACACAACCCUUGGAGGUGCGACUGCGAUAUUCUCUGGAUUCAGGAAUUCUCAACAAUUCUUUACAAGCAGGACGAAAUUAGGUGA